CUGAGGGAGUAAUAACACCAUACAUCGACUUGCCAGUCAUUUCCUUAUUCGUGCUCACAAGUGUCAGUAUGGAGGAAUAUCCUUACCCGAUCGUUGUGAAGGGGGACUGGAAGCCUGAACAUGCAAAAAGUUUAAAAAAUAAACUCCAGAUUUACUUUCAAAGUAGGAAGAAAUCUCAGGGAGGAGACUGCGUCUUACAAGUCAAUGAAAACAGCAGCGCUGCUACAGUUCGGUUUAAAUCUGCGGCCAUCCGAGAUGACGUCCUCUCCAAAACGGAUCACGUGAUAAUUGUUGACAAUGUCGAAAUCAAGUUAAAAGUGAGCAAUUCCAGCCUUGCAUUGAAAGAGCCAGACAGCAGCAUACAGCUGAAAGAUGAAGCAUCUGGAUAUCAAGAACCCAUUCAAAGUGCACCUUCGACUGGAAGUGAUCCAGAUGUGAAGAACCCUGUAGAGUCACUUGCUGUAGUUCUGGAAAAUGUUGCAGAUGACAAUGCAGAAAAUAUUUUGUCUCUUUUGGUGGAGAAUGUCAGUGGUCUUUCUGAAAAGGACUUUACUGUGGACUUAAUGCUAGAAUUAAACACAGCAGUCGUGACUUUUAAAAGCCCCAGUGCUGUAGGGAAGUUUCUUGAGGAGAGCAGGACACACAAAAAGUUUAAGGACUAUGGUCUGAAGGCUCGUGCCUUGGAGAGGAGCACAUGCAUAAGGGUGGAGAAUCUUCCUUCUAAUGCCGAUAAGAUGCUGCUGGAGUUGUAUUUUGAAAAAUGGGGUGGUCCGAUAGAAGAAAUCAUCACAUUACCAAUGGAGCAAGCGGCCAUUAUAACAUUUAAGAAUGAAGAAGAUAAGGAAAAGAUAUUGAAGACAAGGCAUAUCAUCAGUGAUGUUCCAGUCAAGGUCUACCCCUACUAUAAAUCCUUGGGUACAGCAGUGUAUGGUAGCAACAGACCAACAUUGAAACUUCCUGAACCCUUCAAAGUCGAUAUACAUCCUGCCAUCAGGGAGUUCCUUUUCAAAAAUAAGCUAAUUUCCUCUAUUAGUGAUAAGAUGAGCUCAUAUUUCUGCCAAAUAAACAUAGACAAACCUAAAGUUCUGCUCAGUCCUGAUCCAGCAUUGCUGAAACAGAAAGGUUUAACCAGAAAACAUGUUGAUAGUUGGAGAAAGAAUGCAUCAGAUGCCUUUGAAAACAUCACAUCCAACUAUAAAGCAUUUGAGUUGCCAGUAUCGUACCUCUUGUUGACCAAAGUGAAGGAUGAUAUAGAGGAAGUGGUGAAAGAUCUGUUUUUUACACACAUGGAUUCAUCUAAAGGGGUCCUUACAGUGGCAGGUUUGGCCCGUGAUGUAAAUGACCUGAGACCACGCCUGGAGAAAAUGUUAGAGCGAACAUCAGCUCAAAUGGAGAGAGAGAAGAAUAGUGUAACGGAAGACAUAGAGAUGACACCUGGCAUGUAUUUCCUGCUUCUACAAGAUGGUCUGCAAACCGCUACAGCUGCUUCUCCACAACUGCGCCUUGAUUACAACAAAAAAAUGAACAAAUUGUCUUUAUCAGGUGUACAAACUGAAAUUUUUACCUUCAAGAAUUGGGUUCGGGAGAAGCAAUUAAAUCUGAAACAGACGCCUUUAAAGAUUGAUCGUUCAUUAAAGGAGUUCUUGGGAUCGGUGGAUUGUGAUGAGAUGUCAGAAGACCUGUUUGUGUCUCAUGGAAUAAGUGCUGUAUACACGGAAGAAAAUGGAGAUCUUGUUUUGAUUGGAAGCACAGACCGAGCACUUUCUGAGGCACAGGAGAGGUUAAAUAUGGUUCUUGAAUCUAAAGACAUCAUUGUAGAAGAUCAGGGUGUGCUUGCAUUGCCACAGUGGCAAGAUCUUAUUAAACAUCAGCAAAGUUUUUACAGUACAUCCAAAAAGAGGACAGUGUUGAUAAACACAACACAAAGAGACAGAGUAAUAGUGUCUGGAUUUAAGGGACCAGUGAUGGAGAUCAGCCAGACAUUAGGAGACUUCAUUGAGAAACACGCUAGAAUUGAAGAGGAUGUUCGUGUUAAGUCACAUGCGGUGGUUGAAUUCAUAAAAGUAAGAAAGUCGCAGGACUGGCAGCAUUUUCUGAAGUCAGAUAGAGUGUCUGUGCAUUUUGAUUCGAAAAGACCACGGAUCAAGGUCUCUGGAGAGGGAAUGUUGGUCCGGGAAGCUAUGACAUUCUUUAAAAAGAUGGCAGAUGCUCUCUACACUGACACACUAAUCAUUAAAAAGGCAGGAGCAAAGAAAUACUUUAAGGAAGAAGGUCAACUAAUGCUGUCAAUGUUCAUGAAGGAAAACAGAUUUGUGGUUGUGCUCCAGGAAGAUCACAUGCUGGAGGAAGAGGCAGAGAAUUUAAACAAAGGUAGUUUUGACGAUUUUGUGGAGAUUGGUGAGGUUCGGAUGCCGGGUGGAAUAACCGUUAAAGUCAGAAAGGCAGACAUUUGCAAGUUAAAAGUUGAUGCAGUGGUGAAUGCAGCUAAUGAAGAUCUGCAGCACAUUGGUGGAUUAGCCCUGGCGCUUCUUCAAGCUGCUGGACCAGAUCUGCAGGACUGUUGUAACAUGUACAUUGAAGUGAAUGGACCUCUGAGGCCCGGGGAUGCCAUCAUCACUGAGGCUGGUCGUCUUCCCUGUAAAUAUGUAGUGCAUGCUGUUGGACCUCGAUAUAACAGUUCAGACAGACCUGGUGUAAUGAAACUUUUAAGAGGGGCUGUGAGGGAAAGUUUAAAUCUGGCUUUAGGCAAACGCUGCUCUUCCAUUGCAAUUCCUGUUAUCAGCUCAGGGAUAUUCGGCUGUCCUCUCGAACUAUGCACAGAAGCAAUUGCCAAGGAGGUGCGGGAGUUCAUUGAUAAUCAGAACCGCAGUGGCUCACGAAGUAAACUUACUGAGAUUCACUUGGUUGACAGUAAUGGCACCAGUGUGAAUGCCAUGGCUCAAGCUGUGGGAAAGUACUUUGCUGAUUUUAGACCCAAAAUGAAUGUCCCCUAUCAAAACAAGCCUAGUGGCAGUGGCGAUUAUGUACAGAAAGGUAAGGGCAAUCGUGGUCAUGACCAAGGAUAUUACGGACAAAGAAGCCAAGAAUCUGGAAAUAACAAUAAUGAGCCGAAAAAACAUGGUAAUAGAGACUUAGAAAGACAACCGCGAUUGAGAGAAGAAACCAACUUUUCUGGUGGGAGAUCAGAGUCGUUUGAUGGGUCGAGUGUUCUUGAAACCAAAACUACACAAGGUGGACUACAACUCAUUUUGAGCAAAGGGAACAUCCAGGAUGCAAAGACUGAUGUCAUUGUAAACACUGUAUCAGAAGAUCUGGACCUCAGUAAAGGUGCCAUUUCCAAGGCGCUCCUUCAGGCUGCCGGUCAUCAACUCCAAAAAGAGGUCACUACAGCUGUUCAUGCAAGCAGGCUGAAUUAUGGAGAGAUGGUCAUCACAGAUGGGUAUAACCUGAAAUGUAAAAGAGUCUUUCAUGUAGUUUGCCCAUUUUGGAAAGGUGGUCGUGCCUCAGAAGACAGGGACCUCUGUCAGAUCAUUAGAGAUUGUCUGAAAAAAGCAGAAACUCUGCAGAUGACUUCAGUCUCAUUCCCAGCUAUUGGUACUGGAAACCUUGGCUUUCCUAAGGAUCUGGUGGCCAGGAUCAUACUGAACGAAGUCCAGGAAUUCACAGCUAAAAACCUCAGAGAAAUAACUGUGAUUGUGCACCCAUCUGACAAACAAAGUUUAGAUUGCUUUACCAGAAUCUUCAGAAAUGGGAGUCCAAUCACAAAAAGAGCAAAGCACCACAAUAUGCCUAAAACAAAACCCCAUGAAAAGUCAGCACAGGCGUCUGGGUUUUUUGGCAAGGUCUCCGCUCCCUCUCAUGGGGUGAUCACUAUGCAAAUAGGUGAAGUGACCCUGCAGGUUUCAUCAGGAGACAUAACUAAAGAAAAAACUGAUGCAAUUGUCAACUCCUCAAAUCCCACAUUUUCUUUAAAAACAGGAGUAUCAAAGGCAAUUUUAGAUGCUGCUGGAUUACAAGUGGAACAGGAAUGUUUACAGAUUGUUGGAAGGGGUUCACCAAAUUUACAGCAAACAGAGAUUGUGACCUCAGCUGGGAAGCUCCCAUGUGGAAAAAUCAUCCAUAUCAUUGGUCAUAAUACACCUUCUGAAAUUAGAGAUGUUGUUUUGUCUGUUCUGAAGAAAUGCGAGGCAAACCAACUGUCCUCUGUUGCCUUUCCGGCUCUUGGCACUGGUAAGGGUGGAGCAAAACCAGCUGAUGUUGCAGAUGCAAUGGUUGAUGCUGUUGUUGAAUUUGUGAAGAAAAAUAAACCAACGAAUGUAAAGCUGGUAAAGUUCCUCAUAUUCCAGACGAGCAUGGUGGCAGAUUUUCACCAAAGCAUGCACAAACGAUCAGGUGAAAAAUUGGAGGAGUACAAAGGCUUUGUGGAAAAAUGUAAAGACUGGACAAAAGAAUUCUUUUUGGGGGAAUCUCCCAAAAAUGAAGAGUUGAUGGUGGUCGAGGAAAUUGACCCAGCCGUGUUACAGCUGUGUGGGGAGACCCCACAGGACUUGAAUAAGGCCAGGGAUAUCAUCGACAACUUAAUAUUAGGAGAGUAUCUAAACUUUCCAAUCCGUGAUCCGGCUAUUGGUCAUUUCACCAAAGAGGAUGCAGAAAUGCUGAGCGUAAUGCAGAUAGAGCUUGACGUAAGCAUCAAACUUGAGAGGAGAGAACAAGACUCUGCUAUCACAUUGGAGGGACUGAAAAGAGAUGUCCACACUGCUGAGAGUCGUAUUCGGGACAUGAUCCGUAAGGCGGAAAGGAAUGAAAGAAGAAGGCAUGAGGCAUCCCUUAGCAGCAAGGUUGAGUGGAAAUAUCAGGCUAGUGGGCAGAACCUGAAAAGCUUUGAUAAGCUGACCAAUUAUGAGCUGGAAAAAGCCUUUCAGAACAAAAACACCUCUGUGAAAAUCAAAAUUGAUAAUGAUGAAUACACGGCCGAUUUAGCUUUUCUACAGGCCACAAGAGGGAGUAAGCAGAUUGAAUUACACAGAGUAGAUUUGUCAGGCUGACAGUGCUGAUCUCUCUAAGUUUGUGACUGGUGACACAAACAACCUUAUCAUGUUUGUGAUUUUCAGAUAUUUACAGGCUUACACAGAAUACCUUAUUACAUUCCAGUAAGGAUUUAGUUGUCAGUGAAUUGUUUUAUUGUGCUAGAUAAAAACUGAACUGUGGGAAAUGUGUGUUUUGGAAAAUAAUAACAAUAAAGGCAUUGCUGAAAUAUAAUACUGAUAUUGUUCCAAAUCAAAUUGUCCUCUCUCUCUGUGUAAGAAGCUGAUUGAAAAUUCUGCAAAAAUAAAUGUUGUGCUUAAUGAAUGAUAACAGAUUUUUCAUUUAUGGGUGAACUAUUUCUUUGAUAUAUUAUUGUAACAGAGGU